AUGACUCGGCGGUUGAGACUCAUUAGCGUUGCUUGGGCCUUGGCAUUGAUGCUAUUUGCAAUGGCAAUGGCAGCAAACCCGAGCCAUGUGAUCAAAUGUUCGGUCAAGAAGUACAAGCAUUGCUACAACUCGGAGCACGUUUGCCCCGAGCUCUGCCCCGACUCCUGCACCGUGGAGUGCGUCUCGUGUAAACCCCUAUGUGGCGUGGGCCCCACAAUCCCUUCAAUAGGGUUCGAGUCCCCAUCGCCUUUGGAGGAUAAGGGAUAUCAACCCAUAAUUACUUCACCACCCGAACUACCCCAAACUCCGCCACAAUCUAUUCCUUCUCCUCUCGGCAAUAUCUCCCGACCUCUAGCUGACGACUCCUCCGAGGCCGCUCGGGGGAGGAAGGGGAGAAGGAGGAGGAUAAGGAGGUGCAGAAAGAGAAACUACCCGCAAUGCUACGGCAUACAACACGUCUGCCCUAGGUCGUGCCCCAACACGUGCGAAAUCGACUGCACAACAUGCAAGCCCGUCUGCAAGUGCGACAUGCCGGGCGGCGUUUGCCAAGAUCCACGCUUCAUCGGUGGUGACGGAAUCACCUUUUACUUCCACGGCAGCAAGGACCGGGACUUCUGCCUCGUCACCGACUCGGACCUCCACAUCAACGCCCACUUCAUCGGAAAACGCAACAUGAACAUGAAGAGGGACUUCACGUGGGUUCAAUCGGUCGGCGUCCUCUUCGGGUCCCACCGACUCUACAUAGGCGCACAAAGAACCGCCAAGUGGAGUGACGCGGUCGACCGCCUCUCCCUAGCCUUCAACGGCCAACGUGUCACCCUUCCCACCACCGAAGGCGCCACGUGGCAUCCCGACAGUGGCCUCCCAUCGAUUUCCAUCAAAAGGGAUGGGACCGCCAACGGGGCAAACAUCCGGGUUGAGGGGCUUUUCGAGAUUUCAGCCAAGGUAGUCCCGAUAACGCUGCAAGAGUCGAGAAACCAUAAUUAUGGAAUCACGGAGGACAACUGCUUUGCGCAUCUCGAGCUAGGGUUUAAGUUCUUCUCGCUAGGCGAGGGCGUGAGUGGGGUUUUGGGUCGGACAUACGCAAGAGGGUACGUGAGUCGGGCGAAGAUGGGAGUGUCGAUGCCGGUUCUUGGAGGAGAGAAGGAAUUCGCAGUCUCGGGACUCUUUGCCGCCGAUUGUGCGGCUUCAAAGUUUCGAGGGGGCGAUCAAAUUGUGAUUCCAGAAAGUUCUUAA